AUGAUUGGACUUGAAAGCGUCAAGGACAGCCUUCUUGCCAUCAAGGCUAAGGUGGAUGUGGUCGUUCGGCAGGGGGUAAGUCUGUCUGACGAGUGGUUCGGGGCAGCUCUCCUUGGUAACCCAGGAACAGGUAAAACUACUGUGGCGCGUCUAUAUGCCGAAUUCCUUGGGUCUGUUGGGGUUAUCCCGGGAAGCUACUUCAUUAAAAUAUUGGGUUUGAAACUCGCCAAUGCCGGUAUUGCCGGGUGCCAAAAAUAUCUCAAUAAAAUAAAAUCAAAAGGUGGAGGAGCUUUGUUUAUAGAUAAGGCUUAUUAG